AAAACAUUAGUUAAAAAAGGAAUUAUCUUUUCAAAACUAGUAAUAAUUAUCACUAAUUUAUGAAAGGUUUUUUCUCCAUGUAUAAUUAACCUGUCAUAACAGAUCCUUAAUUACUCCACUAAUUACCCACCCCCUGAAAGCCUCAUUUUAUAUCCCUAAAAUGCAUUCUUUAAAAUUAAAAUGCUUUUUUUGCCCCUUUUCUUUUCUACACUAUUUUUUCAUUUCAAACCCAACAAAAAGAGGAAGCCUUAACCUUGGAAACAUUUUAUUUUAUCUGUUCAUUGUAAGAACCCGUGAUCAAAAUGAAGGCAAUGUUUUCCUUAUCAACUUUUCUACAUGCAUGGUAACAGCUAAUGUAUAUAUAUGUUUUCAAUGAGUUGCUGCCAUUGAUGGGAUCUCGUCAUAACAAGAGGAUCCUAUCUUUCCCCAUUUUUGGUCAAAUUUCAACAUCUUUGAAUUACCAAUACAAAUGGUCGGUAAAAUUGAGAAGAAAAGAUUUGAAAUUUAUUGGUUUUUAUUUUUAUUUAUUUUUCUUUUCAAGCUCAUUUCUGGGUUUUUUGUUUCAAAAUAAUGAUCCUCACCCCAUUUUUUUUUAUCUCUCUGAGGGAAGAUAAAUUCCGUGUUUUGUUUGGUUUCUGGAUUUCUGAUUCCAAGUUUCAAUAUUUCAUCAAGUUUUGGAGGAAAAAAUUCCAAGGGUUUCUUUUGAGGGAAAAUUGAAUUGAAUUGGUGCUAUAUGAUAAGGAUAAUUUUGAAAGGUUUUGGGUUGUGUUGGUGGUGAGGGGUUCUCUUUAUUGAUGAAAUGAAAAGGAACCCUUUUCUGUUUGUGAUGAUGCUGAUGGUACAAGGACAAAUGGGUCUCAUAAGAACCAAUAGUUUGUGGUUUUUGGUAGUUCUGCUUUUUGCAUCAUUUGCUGUCAGCUUAGAUUACACUAAGGAAGAAGAAGAAGAAGCAUUCCUUAAUCAAAUAGUGGAUCCAUCAACUGGGGAGAUUUAUGAUGAUCUGGCUGAGCUGUUAUGGAUAAGUUGCAGACAAGAUUUGAAUAAUUUAAAGGAAGCUUUUGAAGAUCCCAAGUUACGUCUUUCGGAGGAAACACGAAGUACAAUCAAUGAUAUCGGUGCAAAAAGUCACUCAUUAGCAAAAGAAAAGUUUCAGAAAUUUAUUAAGGUUAUCCGUCCAGAGUUAAAGCAAGUUCUUUCUGAUUGCGUAAGAAAGAAUAAACUUCUAUUCCAAGAAUCUGGAGAGGAUAGCUGCUUUAAGACUUGUUACCCCCAGUAUUCUGGGUCAUUGUUUCGCUGGUGUGAGGUUUCUAGGAAGAGUUUAGCUGCUCAGAGCAUAGCUGUAGGCUCUGCCUUGAACUUAGGUCCAACCACACCCCGAUCCUCAGCUCCAGACCCUUCUCUUGCUAAUGAAUCUCCUGAUUCUAGUACAGAUCUAUCAGUAAGUCUGGCAUUUUCAACUUCUCCACCCGGUAUACAUGAUAAACGAGCUGUACCUGCAAGAGAACUUGCCGAUGAUUCAGGUUCAGAUGACGAAGAAGAUUAUGAAGAAGAAGGAGGAGAAGGAGAAGGAGAAGGAGGGACUGAUCACAAUAAAAUAAUUAUUAUUGCUUGUGUUGCAACGGCAGUAGUAACGUCUCUUAUUGCAGCAUUGAUCUUAUUUUUAUGCUGUCAUAGAGAUUCUGGAUCUAUGGUAAAUGAUGAGAGCCCCCUUCUCAGUUUAAGAAGUGACGCCUCUGGUGGCUCUACUCAUGCUCCUGGAUCUAGUAAAGAAUCAAGCCAACAUCAAAAGGCUUCAACUAAUGGCAGUGAUUACAUUGAAUCCGAUGCUCUACAAAUCUCCUUGGAUGGAAAUUCAUCAGGUGGAGCUGCUGCUGAUGCCGCCAAAGCCUCAUCUGAAUCUUCUGAGACACCAGGCAAUGCUAGUUCGCUGCUACCCUUGCCUCCAGGAAGGGCAGGUCCUGGCGGAUUACCUCCUUUGAAGCCUCCCCCUGGCAAAGAAGAUCUCACCCCUGAAGCUCCUGUCCCAGCUAAGUCUGCUCCUCCUCCUCCACCACCUCCCUCCCUGAAAUCUGCCUCCACCAGUGCAGGCCCUCCACCUCCUGGUGCUCCUCCACCACCUCCUCCGAAAGCUGGUGCUCCUCCACCACCUCCUUCUAAAGCUGGCGCUCCUCCACCACCUCCUCCAAAAGCUGGUGGUGGUCCUAGACCACCUCCACCCUUGGGUUCAAAGGGGCCUCGACCACCAAAUGCUCCCGGUCGGGGGGGACCUGGCUCAGGCAGUGCUUCUAAAGCCAAACUAAAGCCAUUUUUUUGGGAUAAAGUUGCAAAUACCCCUGAGCAAGGACAGGUGUGGAAUCAGAUUAAAGGCGGAUCAUUCCAGUUAAAUAAUGCGAAGAUAGAAACACUGUUUGGGUAUUCACCUGUUGAGAAGAGCAAAAGUGAUAAAAAGGAGUCCACUGCACAGGAACCUCAGUUUAUUCAACUCCUGGACGGCAAGAAAGCACAAAAUUUAGCAAUCAUGUUAAGGGCAUUGAAUGUGACCUCAGAAGAAGUUUCUGAUGCACUUGUUGAAGGAAAUGAGCUCCCUGUCGAACUCCUUCAAACUUUGUUGAAGAUGGCACCGACAUCAGAUGAAGAACUCAAACUUAGACUGUUCACUGGUGAAAUUACUCAACUUGGCCCUGCGGAGCGGUUCCUGAAAGUCGUGGUUGACAUCCCUUUCGCUUAUCAAAAAAUGGAAACACUGCUAUUUAUGUGCUCUCUUCACGAUGAGCUUACUGCCACUAGAGAGUCCUUUCAAAUAUUAGAGGCUGCUUGCAAGGAACUUAAAAGUAGCCGCCUAUUCCUCAAGCUCUUAGAAGCUGUCCUUAAAACUGGAAAUCGCAUGAAUGAUGGAACAUUCCGCGGUGGGGCACAAGCUUUCAAACUCGACACACUUUUGAAGUUAUCAGAUGUUAAAGGAGUAGAUGGUAAGACAACACUAUUGCAUUUCGUUCUCCUAGAAAUAAUACGCACUGAAGGUUUGAGAGCUGCCCGUAUUGCAAGAGAAAGCAGAAGUUUUAGUAGCAUAAAAUCCGAAGACCUGCUUGAGGAUGUUUCCCCUGAUGAUGAAGAGUACUACCGCAACCUUGGUCUCCAGGCGGUUUCAAAUCUGAGUAGUGAACUUGAAUAUGUCAAGAAAGCUGCAGCUCUUGAUGCUGAAAACUUAUCAUCUAAUGUUGCCAAAGUUGGCCAUGCAAUGGUAAAAACACGUAAUUUCUUGAACACGGAAAUGAAGGAUAGCGGUGAAAAAAGUGGUUUUCAUGAAACACUAGAGAGUUUUGUGAAGAAUGCUGAGUCUAGUGUCAUGUCGUUGCUUGAAGAGGAGAAGAAAGUAAUGGAUUUAGUAAAGAGCACUGGUGAUUACUUUCAUGGUAAUGUAAAGAAGGAUGAGGGCUUACGAAUAUUUUCUGUUGUUCGGGACUUUUUGGUUAUUUUAGAUAAGGUGUGCAGAGAGGUUAAAAAUGCACCUAAGAAGCCAACACAACCACCGAAAAAACAGACCUCCAAUGCAUCAACUUCCUCUGAGUCUCGUGUUGCACCACCUUCUCCCGACCCUCGUCAGAAGCUUUUUCCUGCAAUUGCUCAACAAAGGAAGGAUGAUUCUAGUCCAAGUUCUAGUUCAGAUGAAAAGAGUUGAUAUCGUUCACAUUCGAGAAAGAUAAUGUUGCUGGUGAGAUCUAAGUUCCGUUUCUCCUCAGAUGCAUGUUCCAUUGGCAGUUGAUCAAGAUGGGAUACCGCCAAACCAGUGGUGAUGCAAUUAUCAAAUACAUGCCAAAUCUCAACUGAAAGGGGAUAAGCUGAUGGAAUUACAGCUGCAAUGCUAGAUAGCUAUAGAGCUAACAUUGUGAACUGCAGUUGAUCUUUCUCUGGUACUCGAUUCAUGGUUCCUGUUGGAUUCCCUUCAUCUGCCAACUUGUGCAUAUUCCGAUUUUGAAGGAAUAUUAAUCAGGGUAGAGUUGAAAUUAGAAACUGCUUUAACCUUAGAGGGAAGAAAAUUUGAUAUCUAUGAUUCUUGAUUGAGUCUGGAGAAUGAUAUUUGCCGCCUCGUCCUGCUUUGGAUUACUUAAUACUCUGCUAGGUAGGACGGAAAGGGAUCAAAAGGGAGGGAAGUUGAAUCCCAAAUAUUAGAUAUCAUUAUAAAUUUCAACUAUUGUAUUAGAUUAAUGGUUAAUGGUUACUUAUUGCAUUUUGCCUGGGAUGCCUGCAACCUGCAAACCAGGAGAUCAGAUAUGAUCUUUAGAUUCCUAUUCAUUGAAGGAACUGCAACUUAGGGGCAAUGAAUAAAAAAUGGUGUAAUGCUUUCUUUUUGUAGACUUUUUUCUUUCUGUUUGACUCA